UUAGGUAAGAAUAUGAGAACUCAGCCACCCUUGAGCAAGAUGAGCAGGGAGGAAUUGGAAGACAGUUUCUUCCGACUCCGUGAGGAACACAUGUUGAUGAAGGCACUUUCUUGGAAGCAACAGGAUGAGAUCAAAAGGUACCUCAAGACGGCCUUGCUCCGGUUGACUACUUUUCGAGGGGAUCUGCAGGCUCAGACAGCGGUGGGCAGCUCCAGGAGCCCGCAAGGCGACAGCGGAACCUGGAGUGGCGGCAGCGCCCUGCGAAGCACCAGCGCCCCCAGAAGCCACAGCAGCAGCGGCAGGUCCAGCGCGCAGUCCCUUCUCCCAGCCCGGCCCAGCUUCGUGCCCACGUGGGGCGCAGACAGCUCCACACCGCAGGAGCUCAGGUGCCAGAGAAACCAAAGAGAGGUGAGAGGUAGGCUGAGCUACACAGCCCCUCCCACGUUCAAGAAGCAUGUAACAGAAGAGAAUACAGGAACUGAAAACAGUGAACCCAGCAAACUUGUACAAAUUAUGGCCACCAGUCCUAUGCAAGUAGAAGAACCAACCAAGUCUCCUGAGAAAAUGUGGUCCAAAGAUGAAGAUUUUGAACAGAGAAGCUCAUUGGAUUGUGCUCAGAAGGCCACAGAGAUUAGAGCUUCCAUUAAAGAGAAUGUAGAGCUAAUUCAACUGAAGAAGCUUUUACAGGAGAGGAAUGCCUCUUUGGUAGUGACAAAAACACAAUUAACAGAAGUUCAGGAGGCAUAUGAAACCCUACUUCAGAAGAAUCAGGGAGUCCUGAGUGUAGCUCAUGAUGCCCUCCUUGGCCAAGUGAAUGAACUCAGAGAAGAGCUGAAGGAGGAGAGCAAAAAGGCUGUGAGCUUGAAGACCCAGCUGGAAGAUGUAGCCAUCUUGCAGGUGACUCUGAAGGAGUUUCAAGAAAGAGUUGAAGAUUUGGAAAAAGAACGAAAGUUGCUGAAUGAUAAUUACGACAAACUCUUAGAAAACAUGUUGGACAGCAGUACUAUGCCUCACUGGGGCAGUGAACUAGGAGAACAGCUCCAGGAAAAAGUCUCUCAGCUGCAAGAUCAGCUGAAUACUGAGCUGAAGGAGAAGAAAGAAAUUUUACUUCAGCUGAACAGAGAAAAAGCCCAAAAUGAAGAUCUGAAGCUUGAAGUUACCAAAUUAAUUCUGAAGCAUCAACAGGAAAUGGAGGUCCUCCAAAAGAAAACCACAACCACAGUUACCCAGUCUCCUGCAGAACAAUCAGAACCAAUCAUUUACCCUCCUCUACUGCAAGAGAUAACUCCUACAGAGCCCUGUGAACCAAGAAAUCAAGAAAAACAAAAGCUGUCUCAGAUGUUAAGCGAAUUGCAAGCAUCACAUGCAGAGACCACAUUGGAACUAGACAAGACCAGAGACAUGCUCCUUCUGCAGCGCAAAAUCAACGAAUGUUAUCAGGAGGAACUGGACACAUUGAUGAUAAAAGCUGAUAAUGAAAAAAAAGAUAGCAUAGAGGAACUGGAGAGGUUGAAUCAACUUCUGGACUUCAAGAACAAGCGUAUCAAGCAGCUGGAAGAACAGCUCAAAGACGUGGCUUAUGGCACUCGACAGCUGCCAUUAUGUCUGGAAACACUACCACCCAAAAGAGAUGAGGAUAACAUGGACAUCUCUGUACUGCAUCAAAGUGAAAAUCUUUUUGAACUGCACCUCCAUCAGGCCUUCCUGACAUCAGCUGCUCUGGCUCAGGCUGGAGAUGCCCGGCCUACCACUUUUUGUACCUAUUCCUUCUAUGACUUUGAAACUCACUGUACCCCACUAGUUGUGGGACCAAAACCCAUCUAUGACUUUACCUCCCAGUAUGUGGUGGAGACAGACUCCCUUUUCUUGCACUACCUUCAAGGAGCUUCAGCCUGGAUUGACCUUCACCAAGCUGUGGCCAGUGAGCACCGCACCCUUGCAACUGGAUGGAUUUGCUUUGACAGGGUGCUGGACACUGUGGAGAGAGUCCAUGGCUCUGCCACACUUAUUGGAGCAGGUGGAGAGAACUUUGGAGUGCUAGAGUACUGGAUGAGGCUUCGUUUCCCCAUUAAAUCCAGCCUACAGGCUUGCAGUAAGCAAAAGAAAGCCCAGGCCUACCUGUCAGCUAAUGUGCUUGGAGCCCAGAAGACUGAAGAGGUGAGAAAAAAAGAUUCCAGAUCAGAGACUUGGAAGCGCCAGAAUGAGCUGUGGGUAGAGAUCAUCAGGUGCCGUGGCCUCCAGAGUCGGCAGCUUGGGAAGCAGCCUAGUCCAUACGUCAUGUAUCGCUUCUUCACCUUUGCUGACCAUGACACCGCCAUCGCUCCAGCUAGUAACAAUCCCUACUUUGGAGACCAAGCUCGAUUCCCAGUGCUUGUGACUUCUGAUCUGGAUCAGUACCUAAGGCGGCAAACUCUACUUGUAUAUGUUUUUGAUGAUGAAGAUUCAGAGCCUGGUUCCUACCUUGGCCAUGUUCAAGUGCCCCUGCUUCCUCUUGCACAAAACAAAUGCAUUAAAGGUGAUUUUAACCUCACUGACCCCUGGGGGAAUCCCAAUGGAUCUAUUCAGGUGAAACUGGAUUGGAAUUCUCACUACAUGCCCCCAGAGAACUUCCUGGAUUCAGAAAGUCAUUCUGAAGAGGAUGACAUCAAGGACGUCUUGGAGACCAUACCUGAAGAGGAAAUGGCUUCCUUUCCUCCCCAGGACCGGAUGCCAUCUGUUGAGAUUUCCACUGAAACUGACAAGUAUCAAGAACAGAGAAGAUUUCUUCAGACAGGAGAAUUAAAAGAAAAGCAAUACCAGAUUGAGAAAUAUUCAAGAAGAAAACAUGGCAAAAGAGCAGUCAUCCAAGGGAAGAACAAGAUAGAGUACCUUAGUCAUAGCAUCUUCCAUGGAAAUGUACUACAGGAGAUGAGCUACAAUGAGUGGAAAUUCUCUGAGCCCAGCACCUCCAUAAAUGGUGAUUUAAAAAUAAAUCAGCAAAAGGAAGAGGCUAUUACAUCAGCCUGCUCAACAAUGGUGCAGAAGGAACAUCCUGUAGAUGAGAAAGAAGAUGAUGAACAAGCUUCUGAAGUCAGUGAAACGCAAACUACAGAUAGUGAUGACAUCAUAGUGAAACCCAUAUCUCAAAAACAUCCCAAGCCAAGUUCAGAGAAGAUAUGCAUUGAAAUUGUCUCCCUGGCCUUCCACCCAGAAGCUGAGGUGAUGUCUGAUGAGAAUGUAAGACAAGUAUACGUGGAGUAUAAAUUCUAUGAUUUACCCUUGUCAGAGACAGAGACGCCUAUAUCCCUGAGGAAGCCAAGGGCAGGAGAAGAGAUUCACUUCCACUUCAGCAAGGUGAUAGACCUGGAUCCAUUGGAACAAAAAGGUCGAAGACAAUUUCUGUUCACCGUGUUAAAUGGUCAAGAUCCUGAGCGAGGACGUUUCAAGUUUACGGUGGUGAGUGAUCCUAUGGACGAAGAAAAGAAAGAAUGUCAAGAAGUAGGAUACGCAUAUCUUGAAUUCUGGCAGAUCCUAAAAUCUGGAAAAGACAUUCCACAACAAGAGCUGGACAUUGUUAGUCCUAAAGACAAAGUCACUCCAAUAGGAAGGCUGAAGGUUUCCCUUCAAGCUGCUGCUGCUCUCCGUGCUAUUUACAAGGAGAUGGCUCAAGAUUUUUUAUGA